UCAAAUCUGUGUUUUAAAAAUUUAUUUAAAAUUAAAAAAAAUUUACUUAAAAUGGCAUCAAGUACAGAUAUUUUACGAUUAAAUGAUCAUAAAAUAACAAAAACAAUAAAAAAUAGUUUAUCAAAAAGUAUUAAAAACUCAAAAAAUGUGAUAACUGUGCAAGAUGAUGUAUUAUUUGUAUGGAAUCCUGAAGAUUGUUGUAUACUUACGUUAAAUUUAAAAUUGUUACGCAGUAAAUCAGUUGAAGAAGUUCAUUAUCAGACAUUACUUCCUACUCAACCAAUUUCAUUUGAAGUUGAGUUAAUUCGUGUAAAUACCGUUGUGUCGUAUGCAGCUUUAGCUGGACCAAGUGGUGUCUGUGUUUUGGAGUUACCGCGACGAGGUGGGAUUUAUGCAGCCUUUGGAAAUGGGAAAGACAUCGUGUAUUGUCGAAACUAUUUUUUGGAUGAACGUUUGUUUUCUUGCUCGAAAUUCGUGGAAUGUAAACAAGUUAAAUGGCAUCCCGGAUCACCAUCCGACAACCAUUUAUUGGUACUUACUUCAGAAAACCUAAUAAGAACUUACAAAAUGGAAAAUAAUGGUCCAGUAAAUGAACGUGUUUGGACUGUUGGUAAAAAACCCGCUGGAACUAUGGGUACAUCAAAAGUACCAAUAUUAGUGGCAUUAGGUGAAACAGGUGUUGAUUUUGAUUUUGGUCCACCAAAAAUACCAAAAAACAAUACAAAAUACACGUUGCCAAAUAAAACAGUUGGAUAUUUGGAAUGGCCAAUUUAUAUUUUACGUGGUAAUGGAGAUAUUUAUACAAUUACCACGGAAUUUUCCAACGAUAGACUUGAUGAUACGAUCUUAUGUGGACCAUUACGUAUGCAUCCAGCUGCCGAUGAUAAUUAUGGCGUAGAUGCAUGUGCGAUCAUUUGUUUACAAUCGAAUCCACCAAUUCUUGCAAUAUCCACAUGCACCGGAACUAUUUACCAUGCGGUUAUUUUGACUGAAAAUGAUGAUAUUGUAACGGAAUGGAAAUCAGAAGAAUCCCGUUUACCGGAUAAAUCUUUGUAUGUAUUUGAAUGUAUCGAAUUAGAAUUGGGUUUAUCAUUAAACGAUGUCGAUUUGGGUCAUACAUGUCCAAUAUUUUUCCAUCACGAUGAAGUCAAUAAAAUGCGAUAUUUUUGUACACAUGAUACUGGAAUUCAUACAAUUACCGUACCUCUAAUUGGAGAAUUAGAUCAAUUAUGCAACGUACCAAAUGAUAAUUUUGAUAACGAUAUGCCAUCAAUGUUAGAAUCAAGUACAGCCGAAUAUAUCCUUUGCACGCAUACAGUUGGCGCCACAGAUAUUAAUCCCGUUUUGGGUAUUGCAAUGUUGUACAAUCCAGGAACAUUGAUUGCCCUCCUUGGUUCGGGUCAAUUUUUAUCAUUACCGCUCGUGAGUGUACUUUUACCAUUGGUGCAGUCGGAGGAUACUAAUGUUAAUGGUGAUACAAUUAUUUCACCAACUAAAAAGAUUUUAAAACAACCAUUUGAUGAAUACAUUAAAACAUUUUUGAAACCAACUUUAACUCAACCAAUUUUGAAAUUAGCUGAAAAAAGUAUUUCUGAACCGAAAGAAAAUUUAGAACUUUUAGUUCGUGCAACACAAACAUUUCGCGAAGAGCAUUUUAAAAAAUUGGAACGUGUACGAGAAGAAAUUGAAAAACGUGUUAAAGCUUUACAAAUGUUACGCAAGUAUCAAGAAGGUGAAUUAAGUCGUUUGGAACAGGAGAAAGAAAAAACACAAGCAUUUGCUGAAAAAUUAGCUGAGAAAUAUGAAGAUAUUAAGGAUAAACAAGAAUUAUUAACGAAACGUUCUGAAGAUUUGUUACGAUUAGUUAAUCAAAAACAACCCAUACAAACGAAAGCUGAAAAAGAAUUAGCAAAACAAUUAAAACAAGAUUUGGAAAAAUUGAAAUUCUUUAUGAAAAUGUUCGAUCAAAUUCGUAAUAAACAAAAAUAUCAAGCUGAGAAGAUUCGAGAAUGGCGAAAUCAACAAUCUACUAAUUCAAAACAUUUAGGAAAAAUUCAAACAAAUACCAUUAAAUCAACUUUAGAAAUGACGACGAAACAAAUUGCUGAAAUGACCAAGGAUAUAUUAAUUUGUAAACAAGAUCUUGGAUUACAUUAA